AUGGAGCACCCUGUGGCUAGGGUCAACGGGACGCGAGUGCAGGAGUUCAUCCUGCUGGGCUUGUCCACAAGGCCGGGUGUGCGUGAUGCCCUAUUUGUGGUCUUCCUGGCGCUCUACCUGCUGACGGUCCUGGAGAACAUGCUCAUCAUCUACCUCACCCGCAGACACAGCGAGCUCCACAAGCCCAUGUACUUCUUCCUGGGCAACCUCAGCUGCCUGGAGAUGAGCUACGUAUCCGUGACUGUGCCCAGCCUGCUCGCGGGGCUGUGGGCAGGACCCUGUCACGUCCCCUUCACCGCCUGCAUGACCCAACUCUUCUUCUUCAUCUCCCUCAUCUGCACGGAGUGCACUCUGCUGGCUUCCAUGGCCUAUGACCGCUAUGUGGCCAUCUGCCUCCCACUGCGCUACCCAUUGCUCAUGCGACCCCAGGUCUGCCUGAGCCUGGCCCUGUCCUCAUGGCUUGGUGGGCUGCUAGUGUCGGUGAUCAAGACAUCAUGCAUUGCCAGCCUGUCCUACUGCGGCCCCAAUGUUCUCAACCAUUUCUUCUGUGAUGUGUCCCCUCUGCUCAACCUGUCCUGCACCCACGUGGCCCUCACGGAGCUGGUGGACUUCAUUUCAGCCAUUGUUAUCCUCUGGGGGUCUCUGCUCGUGGCCAUUGCCUCCUACGUGGCCAUUGGCAGAGCUGUGCUCCGCAUGCCAUCGGCUGCUGCCCGGCGCAAAGCCCUGUCCACCUGCGCAUCCCACCUGGUCGUGGUGGGCAUCUUCUACUCAGCCACCAUCUUCAUCUAUGCCCGCCCCAGCCGCAUAGAGGCCAUGGACCUUAACAAGGUGCUAUCUGUCAUCUACACAGUGGUCACACCCUUGUGCAACCCCGUCAUCUACUGCCUGAGGAACAGGGAGGUGCACUCAGCUUUUCGGAAAACCCUGCUCUGCUCUUGA